UUUUUCAUAUUUCAUUUUUAUCCUUACUAUAAAGCCCCUCCUCUCUCUUUUCUCUCUCUCUCUAUCAUUCCUCAAAUUUGAAAAAAAUUGCUCUUUGAUUGCAUCAUUCUCUCUCUCUAAAUUAUUUUUCUUCCAGUUUUGCUCCAAGCUAUAGUUUCAGUGCUGGAACUUACACUAUUGGACAUGGGCACAGCCCUCUAUUGUUGGAAAGAGAGAAAAAACUGACUAGUGAAUAAACACUUGAAGAGAUGACGAAAAAGCAUCGUCUCAGGGAAAAAGUUCAGUCCUUUUUUGGAAGUCACGUUGAUCCAGAAAAAGAUGAGGAGCUGAAAGAAAACAAAGCAGAAAUUGAAGGCAAAAUUCAGAAGAUCUUCGCUCAUAUUAAAGGAGAAGGUGGCAGAGAUGAAAAAGAACCUCUGGUGGAGCUAGUUCAAGAUUUUCACAAUCAUUACCAAUCACUGUAUGCUCGUUAUGAUCAUCUCACUGGAAAACUGAGGGAAAACGUACAUGGAAAACACGACAAAGAUAGUUCUUCCUCCAGCUCAGACUCCGAUUCAGAUUUCAGUACAAAGAAAAAGGGGAAGAAAAAUGGUAAACUGGAAUUCACAGAUGCAACAGAUGGCAUCAAGGAAGAAUUGGCAAGCGCAAACCUAGAAAUAAUUGAGUUGAAGGCUCAGUUGAUGGCUGCGAAAGAAGAAAAGGAUCAGGCCUUGCAAUUUGAGCACCAGAAGGCUUUGAGCAAAUUACAAGAAGCAGAAACAACAAUCACUAGUUUAACUAGUGAAGCUGAAAGGUUGAAAGAGGAAAAUGCGAAGCUUCUGGGCGAGAUGGUGGAUGUCAAAGAGAGUUUGGAGAAAUCUGCAAAAUUAGAAGCUGAAUUAAUGCAGAAGGUUGACGAGAUAACUAGAGAAAGAGAAACCCUACAGCUAGAAUUGGAAGCCCUAAAAAUCGAACUUCCCUCAGUGAAGGAACAACUAGAUUCUGCUGAAAAAGAAAUAGCUCAGCUAAGUCAAAUGCAAAAGGCCACAGAGAAAGACAAUUCUUCACUAUCAUCAAAAGUUUUACAGCUCUCAGAGGAGAUCGGACAGGUAAAGGCGAUGCUAGAUGAGAAAGAAAAGGAGAUUUCUAAUCUCAAGAAGAUGCACGAUGCUCACAAAAAUGAAGCAUCGACUCGUUUAAGAGGUAUGGAAAUGGACAUUGAUUCACUGCAGUCUCAGAGAUUGGAAAUCGAGAAACAGAAGGAAGAUGAGCUCUCUGCAUUGGUAAAGAAACUUGAGGAAAAGGAGGAGGAAUUCUCAACAAACAUAAACAAUAUACAACUUGAAAUUGAAUCCUUAAAUGAACUGAAAGGCAAGCUGGAGGAGCAAUUGGAGCAACAAAGAAACGAGGCGAAUAAGAAGGACGAAGAAUUGGAGUCUCUUUGCAGCCAGAAACUUGAAUUGGAAGCAGAACUGCAGAAGAAAGCACAAGAAAUUUCGGGAUUCUCAAGUGAGAUAGAGAGUCUCAAGGAGGAGAUAGCAAACAAAUCUGCAGAUUCACUGAAAAUUCUGGAAGAGAAAGAAAGUUCUCUUUCACAAGUGAAAGACCUAGAAGUGGAGCUGAAAUCACUUCAGAAUCUGAAACAAGAGUUGGAAGAGCAGCUGGCAAGCAAAGAUGAUAAAAUUUCUGAAAUUGAGAGAGCAUUAACUGAGAGAGAAAGUGAACUAGCCGUUUUAAAGAAGAAAUCUGAAGAUGGAGAAACUGAAUCAUCUGCUCAGAUUGCUGCAUUAACUUUGCAGGUGAGCAAUCUGCAAGAGCAUUUGGAGAAUUUGCAAGUUCAGAAGUCCGAAAUAGAGUCUCAACUUGAGGCGAAAACUGGAGAAACAUCAGAAUACCUCACUCAGUUGGAAUAUUUGAAGGAGGAAUUAACAAGUAAAACAUCAGAUGGCCAGAGAAUGUUGGAAGAGAAGGAAGGCCUAGUGGUAGAGCUCAGGGAGGAAAAGGAAAGUCUCCUAAGCAAAAUAUCUGAACUGGAGAAUGCAUUAGCGGAGAAAGUUGACGAGCAUGGAACCUUGCAAAAGAAGCUAGAGGAAGUGCAAAAUGAAACUUCUACUCAGAUUGUUGCCUUGACAGAAGAAGUUGACAAGUUGAGGCAGCAGACAGAAUUGCUGCAGACUGAGAAAAGCCAGCUGGAGUUGGUAACUGAAAGAGGUAAACAAGAAUCCACAGAAAGUUUGGCACAAGCAGAGAAUCAGAACACCGAAUUAUCACAAAAGAUUGUGGAUCAGGAAAUAAAGCUGAAAGAGCAGGAGGAAGCGUUGGGGAAGUUGGUGGAAGAGAAGGACGGUCUAGUGGUUCAGGUCAAUGAUCUCCAGGCUGAAGUGAAGUCUCUUUGUGAACAGAAGAGUACAUUGGAAGAAAACAUUAAUGGUACAAACAAUGAGAUCAAUCUGCUGAAGGAGGAAAGGGAAAGUUUCCUCCGGAAAAUAUCUGAAUUGGAGAAUUCAUUAGUCGAGAAAGUUGACGAGCAUGUUACCUUGCAAAAGAAGCUAGAGGAUAUGCAAAAUGAAGCUUCUACUCAGACUGUUGAAGUUAAUGAAUUAAGGCAGCAGAAAGAAGUAAUGCAGACAGAGAAAAGCCAGCUGGAAUUGCUAAUUGAAAAUGGUAAACAAGAGUCCACUCAGACUUUGGCACAAGCAGAGAAUCAGAACACCGAAUUAUCACAAAAGAUUGUGGAUCAGGAAAUAAAGCUGAAAGAGCAGGAGGAAGCGUUGGGGAAGUUGGUGGAAGAGAAGGACGGUCUAGUGGUUCAGGUCAAUGAUCUCCAGGCUGAAGUGAAGUCUCUUUGUGAACAGAAGAGUACAUUGGAAGAAAACAUUAAUGGUACAAACAAUGAGAUCAAUCUGCUGAAGGAGGAAAGGGAAAGUUUCCUCCGGAAAAUAUCUGAAUUGGAGAAUUCAUUAGUCGAGAAAGUUGACGAGCAUGUUACCUUGCAAAAGAAGCUAGAGGAUAUGCAAAAUGAAGCUUCUACUCAGACUGUUGAAGUUAAUGAAUUAAGGCAGCAGAUAGAAGUAAUGCAGACAGAGAAAAGCCAGCUGGAAUUGCUAAUUGAAAAUGGUAAACAAGAGUCCACUCAGACUUUGGCACAAGCAGAGAAUCAGCACACUGAAUUAUCACAAAAGAUUGUGGAUCGGGAAAUGACGCUGAAAGAACACGAGGAAGCAUUUGGAAAGCUUGAUGAUAAGCUGCAGGAGUACAAGGAAAGCCUCAAACUUGCAGAAAUGAAGGUUGAAGAGAUAACAGAAGAGUACCAGAAGAAUCUUGAAAGUAAAGAUCAGAAAAUAGAGGAACUGGAUGGCAAAAUUGAAGAUCUGAAGAGGGAUCUGGAAAUGAAAGGAGAGGAAACCAGCACACUGGUGGAGAAUGUCCGGAACACUGAAGUUAAGCUACGGUUAACCAAUCAGAAGCUUCGGGUGACUGAGCAGUUGCUGACUGAGAAAGAAGAGGACCACUUGAAGAAAGAAGAGAAGUUACUGCAACAUCAAAAGUUUCUGGAAGAGAGGAUUGCAACAUUAUCAGGACUUAUCGCUGUUUACAAGCAAACUCAAGCGAAAAUAGUAGCAGACAUUUCAGACAAAGUAAAUUAUACUUUGACUCAAAUAGACACGUUCAGUAUGAAGUAUGAGGAAGACACUGGUCACUUGGAGUCCCGUAUUUACGAAAUAUUGAAUGAGCUUAAGGUUGCUUUGAAUUCGAUCAAAGUAGUAGGUGAAGAAAAGAAGCAGCUCAAGAAGGAAAUCGACAGUCUAGUGCAACAACUAAAAGAUGAGAAAGAAUGUGCAUUGGUUUUAAAAGAGAAGGUUGAAGAAUUAGAAAAAACAGAAAAAAUGGAGUUGAAUCAGAGGAGUAGUUUGACCGAAACCGUUCACCAACUUGAAGAGAAGAUAGUUACAUUGCAGAAAAUGAUGGCGGAGAAGGAUGAAAAGAUGGGAGAGUAUGAAAGGAAGAUGAAUGACAAAGAUAAGGGAAUCUUAGACUUGAGUGAGGAAAAACGAGAGGCGAUAAGGCAGUUGUGUAUCUGGAUCGAUUACCACCAGAGUCGCUAUGAUGAUCUUAUAGAUAUGAUCUCAAAGACUAGGGGAAGAAGGCAAGUAACUGCUUGAAAUUACUUUGCAAUAUGGUACAUCAUUUUUGUUAUGCUUUCCUUAGUUUUGUUCUUUCUGUUUUUGGAGUGAUUGGUCGUUUUUUUUCCAGAAGGUUAGUGGAUAUUUAUUAUUGGGGCUUGUUCUUUUGGAUGCCGUCGUCUGUAAGCGUCUUAGUUUCUUUGAAUACCCUUUUUAGGCUGUAUAGGCAAGUAAUGCUACCAUUUUUUCAGUACUGGAACUUCAUUCAUUGGAUAUAUCAAUUAGUGGAACCGUAAUAUUGUGAGUAUUA